AGUCCUUUGCCAAAUUGCCAACGGGAUCGAUUUUCUCCAUCGAAAAGGAUUGGCUCAUGGACAAUUGAAUCCCAACACCAUAUUAAUAGCUCAGUCAAAUCCGGUGCAGAUAAAAGUGUCAGAAUUCGGACUGAGCUGACGCAUUCGUUCGCAAACGGAUGAAAAUCGAGUCUCUGAGCUCAAUAGUAAAGGCAUUCAAGAGGAAACCUCAUCUCAUCACGGUCUUCUUCAGCAGUCGACAUCUAAGGACACGCAAGACACCGAAUUGAUACAAGUAUCAACCAAGUCGAGAUCGAAAGACGACAGCAAUGAGGAAUUAAGUCAUCCAGCUUGUUGGAUGCUGCCCGGAUCGUGGUCGUCCGACGCAGAUGAAGACGGAAGGGAAAUCAUUUCGUCAAGUCCAACGGUUCACGGCGACGAGUUCGCAGCUGGAUGCAUUUUAUUUUAUUUUUUGACACGCGGAUCACAUCCUUUCGGGCGCUCCAUAAGCGCAAAGGCAUCGAGCAUCUUGGAAAACGUCGCAAAAAUGGACCCGGUGAAUUUGAAAAAAUUAGAUUCCAACCAUUUUGCAUUUGAAUGUAUCAAGGAUUUAAUUGGAAAACCACCAACAGAUGGAACCCAACGUUUGCGAAAAGCUGCCGAUCAAUUCAGCGAUGUUCUUCCGCUCAAAAUUAACGAAAUAGAACUCGGCCGUGGAGGAUUUGGAACAGUUUACGCGGGAACUUAUGAAGGGAAUAACGUUGCCGUCAAAAAGAUUCCAAUUGCGUUGAUGAAUCAUCACGAAACCGAAGAUCAAAAACGGGAAGUGGAGGAGCACAUCCGGCUGGAUCACGAAAAUGUCAUCAAACUUUUGCACUUCGAGGAAGAUAAGGACGUGAAAUACAGGUAUUUGGUGCUGGAAUUGUGUGCCGGGACCCUGACAGAUUAUUGCGAUGGUAAUAACUACAACGGACCGGAAUUGCCGCCGAAUGGUAUAGUCUUGUAUCAAAUCGCCAGUGGAUUGCACUACAUCCACUCCAAAAAGUUGGUCCAUCGCGACGUCAAACCGGACAACAUCCUGGUCUCAAUCACAACACCCGUCCAGAUGAAAUUGUCCGAUUUCGGAUUGGUCAAGAAAGUGAGUUCCCGGGGGACAUUUUCACAGAGUAAAUUGAAAGGAACUGUCAAUUGGAUGGCGCCCGAAAUGUUGGAGCUUUUAGAUGACGACAGUCGUGAUUCCACGCCCAAGGAACUUCCGCACGGAACAAUCCAAAGCGACACAUUCGCGGCCGGCUGCGUCUUUUUCUACUUCCUGACUGGCGGUAAACAUCCGUUCGGCAACAACGUCACAGUCCCGGCCAAUAUUUUGCAAAAUAAACCUGGAAACCUGAUGGAACUCGUCCGUCAGCUCAAACAGCAAAAUAUGCAAUCCGACGAUGAACUUGUUUUUCUCUACAAUCUGAUCGGGAAAAUUAUUCAAAAGGAAUUAAAGGAAAGAAUGGCACUGCCAGAUGUCAUAAAAAAAUUGGAAGUUGUAAUGCCAAUAUUGGAGGAUGCUGGAUAUUGCGUCAGUCGUUUCCACCCGACCGAUCGGGUACUAGCCUGUGGCGUUGCCGGUAAAGUGAUUUAUUUGUCGACGGCCGAUUCGUCCAUUCUUUUUUCUUAUUGGAAGGAGGACGAAUUUUUACUUCAACAUGGAAAAAUCAAAGAAAUUCAACCAAUGGAAUGGAAUAUGGACGGUAUCCAAUUGGCUGCCAUCUGCAACAGUGAUGAGUGUGACGUCAUUGUGUGGAGUUAUCCGUUUAUUGGCGAAAUUCUAUUUCAGAUGAAUCUACCAAAAUGGAUGGAUACAAUUGAGUGGAAUCCUUUCAGACCCAACGUCUUCGCUAUUUUCAAUAAAGGAUUGUCUUUUCAGUUUGGAGGAAAAAAAGUUUUUCUCUUAAGUUCUUCGCCCGUCGUUCAUCAAAGAAAAUUUCACUUCUGCACAAUCGCACGCGAGAAAACGAUCGGGAGUGUCAAAUGGAUCGCCGAGAAUCGACUCGCUCUCAACUUAAAAAAUAGCGAUAUUGAAAUUUGGGAAAUUGACGAAUCGGCGGCAACCGCAAAAUUCGUUAAACGGUUGGGAUGCGAGUGGAUAACAGAUAUGGUAUGGGAUGAAAGGACAAAGUGUUUGGCCGCUUGCUCAUGGGAGGGAUGGAUUAAGAUUUGGCCAAUGGACAGCGAACAACCCGUUCACACCCUCGAGGUUGGCGGCAUUUGUUGUAGUUUGACUUGGUUGACGAACUUUGAAAAAACCAAGGGCAAGGGAAUGGACGACGCGGCCAGGCAAUCGCCGGCACAUUUCAUUUUGGCCAAUGGACUGCGCGAUGGGAAGAUUGUCAUUUGGACUCCGCUGAUGGAAAAGGCAAAGACAAGAAUUCUCAGUCAACAUUCAGCCAGAGUAAAUUCGCUGUCGUUUUCACCCGACGGGCGGUUUCUCGCAUCAGCGGACACGGAUGGGAUAUUAGUAAUCUGGUCAACUAAGAACUGGGAAUCCGUUUUCACUGGCGAAAUAAAAGGACGUGGCUGUUCCCUAUCGUGGAUGUCUCCAUCUGCGGAUGUCCGUGAUUACAAAUUAACUUUCGACUCAUCUGAUGGCAAGGUCCGUGUCGCAGAAUUCACUGUCGGACAGAGUCAAACGCCAACCGAAGGAUCGAAAACUUUUCUUCUGCACGUGAACAAGUCAAUCAACGACCCUGUUGUGAUCCGGCCCAAACCACCAAAGAAUAUGUGUUGUUAUUUCUUAUUCGAUUGUUACAAAAGAAAAUUAAAUAACUAA